AUGUCUACAUCAACCAAUUUCUACGCCAGCCACGACGAUCUCUUCGUCAUUCCCAGCGCGCCUGAGAAUGUUCUAGGGCCUACCAAGGCUCCUGCCAUUACCUUCCUCUGGGACUGCCACAACAACACCGUCAUCAUCCCCCGCUCACGGGACGAACUCAUCGACAACCCCGGCCUCCCCAGCUGCGACACCAUCAGCAUACGCACCCUCUUCAACCGGCACGAACUCCACUUUGACGUCUUCAAUCCCGGCCUCAUCAACAUCCGCGAAAAGGCUAUUAACCUACCACGCGGCAUAAGGGCCGUUAGGAAAUGGGAAGAGCAGAUCACGCCAGUGCCGGAGAAGGUACAUGAGACGCUCCAGUGCCCCAUCUGCAUCGAUGGCACGAAGCCAGAAGUGAUGUUCCGUGAGUGCUGCCAUGCAUUCUGCAUUGAGUGCACAGUGGCACUAGGUUCUAGCCCUGCCGCGAAGAGAUCAGGAGCAUUCGCAUGUCCGCUGUGCAGGAUGUCGGUGAUGGAGUUGGCGGCGGUGAUCCCGCAUGGUGUUAAUCAUGGGGACUCGGGGUAUCAUAUCAAGUACGACGAGGAAACCUUUGCGAAGUUGAAUUGGAUGAGUUUGAACCAAUGGAUGUUGAGUAUUAAAGGCCACAAAUUGAAUGUUGAUAACCUUUUAGUAGUGAGGUUGAAGGAGGACGGCGAGAUGGAGGUGAAGCACUUGUCGGGAUGGGGGCAGGAUAUUGAGGUGCCGUUCGAGAGCAAGCCGAUGGGGAUGGCGAUAGUGACUUGGGUGCUGGUGUGUUUUACGAAGAUGGUCGCGAUGGAUAUGCCGAUGCAGAGCUAG